CGCUGCCACUAGGAGUAGGAGCUGCGUGCAAAGUUGUAGGGUGUUACGACGGUGGGGGGAAAAAAAGGAACGGGAGGCCGCAGCACCAAAACCGGAGGGAGGCCUGGAGGACAUUAACUAUCGCUUGCCGGGACGGUUUUCUUAGUGGUGCAUCGCUAAAUAUACUUCGGAAGGAGGAGAGUAGACGAAGGUGCUGAGCCUACAGAGCAUCCCUGAACAGAAGAUCCUCUCCCGGAAUACAUCAGGGAGGUCGUGGACGGAAGACUCCCCACCUAGGCAAUUGGCGGUGACAUCCCGAGUUUACGCUCCCUGGGGCGGAGGCAUUGUAUGGAAAGCGAGCUGUGAAGACCCCUUGUUCGUCAGCUUAUAUUGUAGACGGGAGAGAUCCGUGUACACGACGUGGGGGGGGGGCUGAACCGGUCCAGCCAUGGAGAACGCGCACACCAAGACGGUGGAGGAAGUUUUGAAUCACUUUAACGUGAAUGAGAGCACGGGACUCGGCCUGGAGCAGGUCAAGAAGCAGAAGGAAAAAUGGGGCCCUAAUGAAUUACCUGCAGAGGAAGGAAAAACAUUAUGGGAGUUGGUGAUUGAACAGUUUGAAGAUUUAUUAGUUAGAAUUUUGCUUCUUGCUGCUUGUAUAUCAUUUGCCUUGGCGUGGUUUGAAGAAGGAGAGGAAACAAUUACAGCCUUUGUGGAACCUUUUGUAAUUUUACUUAUAUUGGUAGCAAAUGCCAUUGUGGGUGUGUGGCAGGAAAGAAAUGCUGAAAAUGCUAUUGAAGCUCUUAAGGAGUAUGAACCUGAAAUGGGCAAAGUCUACCGACAGGACCGAAAGAGUGUACAAAGGAUUAAAGCACGAGAUCUUGUGCCUGGGGAUAUUGUUGAAGUGGCAGUGGGUGACAAAGUUCCAGCUGACAUUCGACUAACAUCUAUCAAAUCAACAACUUUAAGAGUUGACCAGUCAAUCCUUACAGGGGAGUCUGUCUCUGUUAUUAAACACACUGACCCAGUCCCCGAUCCUCGGGCUGUCAAUCAGGACAAAAAGAAUAUGCUCUUUUCCGGUACAAAUAUUGCUGCCGGUAAAGCUAUUGGAGUUGUGGUAGCAACUGGCGUAAAUACAGAGAUCGGUAAAAUACGAGACGAAAUGGUAGCUACUGAGCAAGAAAGGACUCCUCUGCAGCAGAAACUUGACGAGUUUGGCGAGCAGCUUUCCAAAGUUAUCUCUCUAAUUUGUAUUGCUGUUUGGAUCAUCAACAUUGGACACUUCAAUGAUCCAGUCCAUGGGGGGUCAUGGAUGCGAGGUGCCAUUUACUACUUCAAGAUUGCUGUUGCCCUUGCUGUUGCUGCCAUACCUGAGGGGUUGCCUGCUGUCAUCACCACAUGUUUGGCUCUGGGAACCAGAAGAAUGGCAAAGAAGAACGCAAUUGUCAGAAGCCUACCGUCGGUUGAAACGCUGGGCUGCACCUCGGUCAUCUGCUCUGAUAAGACUGGCACUCUAACCACUAACCAGAUGUCUGUCUGUAGGAUGUUUGUUAUAGAUAGAGUGGAAGGAGACAGCUGCUCUCUCAAUGAAUUUUCUGUCACUGGAUCUACUUAUGCCCCCGUCGGAGAAGUGUUAAAAGAUGACAAGCUUGUUAAAUGCCACAAGUAUGAUGGCUUGGUAGAACUCGCUACAAUCUGUGCGCUUUGCAACGAUUCUUCUUUGGAUUUUAAUGAGGCUAAGGGAGUUUAUGAAAAAGUUGGAGAGGCUACAGAGACGGCACUUACCUGUCUGGUAGAAAAGAUGAAUGUCUUUGACACUGAUCUGAAAGGACUUACCAGGAUCGAACGGGCCAAUGCCUGCAAUUCUGUCAUAAAACAACUGAUGAGGAAGGAAUUUACUUUAGAGUUUUCCAGAGACAGGAAGUCCAUGUCUGUGUAUUGUACUCCAAACAAGCCAAGCCGCACUUCUAUGAGCAAAAUGUUUGUAAAAGGUGCUCCAGAAGGCUUGAUCGACAGAUGUACUCAUGUUCGUGUUGGUAACACAAAAGUGCCUUUGACUCCUGGAGUGAAGCAGAAGGUUACGAGCGUGAUCAGGGAAUGGGGCUCUGGGAGGGACACUCUGCGUUGUUUGGCACUGGCGACUCAUGACAACCCACCAAGAAAAGAAGAUAUGAACCUUGAGGAGUCUUCUAAUUUCAUUAAUUAUGAGACCAAUCUAACAUUUGUUGGUUGUGUUGGAAUGUUGGAUCCCCCAAGAACAGAAGUGGCUGCCUCUGUGAGAAUGUGCAGACAAGCCGGCAUUAGAGUUAUCAUGAUUACAGGUGAUAACAAGGGAACUGCCGUUGCAAUUUGCCGUCGCGUUGGUAUCUUCCGUGAAGAUGAAGACGUUUCUGAUAAGGCUUAUACUGGCCGUGAAUUUGAUGAGUUGUCUCUGGCUGCACAGAGAGAAGCCUGUAUGAAGGCUCGCUGCUUUGCCCGGGUGGAACCUUCACAUAAGUCAAAGAUUGUAGAGUAUCUACAAUCAUUCGAUGAAAUCACUGCCAUGACUGGUGAUGGUGUGAACGAUGCACCGGCUCUUAAGAAGGCAGAGAUUGGAAUAGCAAUGGGAUCGGGUACUGCAGUUGCUAAAACCGCCUCAGAAAUGGUCUUGGCUGACGAUAACUUCUCUACCAUUGUGGCUGCUGUUGAGGAAGGACGUGCUAUUUACAACAACAUGAAGCAGUUUAUUCGAUACCUCAUUUCCUCAAAUGUUGGGGAAGUUGUCUGUAUUUUCUUGACUGCUGCUCUUGGUUUCCCUGAAGCAUUGAUACCUGUUCAACUUCUUUGGGUAAACUUGGUGACUGAUGGCCUCCCAGCCACUGCAUUGGGUUUUAAUCCACCAGAUCUGGACAUCAUGAACAAACCACCCCGCAACCCCAAGGAACCUUUAAUUAGUGGCUGGCUUUUCUUUCGUUACCUUGCUAUUGGAUGUUAUGUUGGUGCUGCUACAGUUGGUGCCGCUGCCUGGUGGUUCAUUGCUGAAGAAGAUGGACCAAAAGUCACAUUCUACCAGCUUAGUCAUUUUCUUCAAUGCAAAGAAGACAAUCCAGAAUUUGAAGGUGUUCAGUGUUCAGUCUUCGAGUCUCCUUAUCCUAUGACAAUGGCACUGUCUGUUCUUGUUACCAUAGAAAUGUGCAAUGCCCUCAACAGCUUGUCUGAAAACCAGUCAUUGCUGAGGAUGCCACCUUGGGAGAAUGUGUGGUUGUUGGGCUCAAUCUGCUUGUCGAUGUCGCUUCAUUUCCUCAUCCUUUAUGUAGAACCAUUACCGCUCAUCUUCCAGAUUACACCGUUGAACUUGACUCAGUGGCUGAUGGUGCUGAAGAUCUCAUUACCAGUUAUACUUCUGGACGAGGCACUUAAAUUUGUUGCCCGUAACUACUUGGAACCUGGUAAAGAGUGUGAAAAGCCUGAAGCCAAACCGUGCUCUUUUUCCGCAUGCACUGAGGGCAUCUCUUGGCCGUUUGUGUUCAUCACUUUACCUUUGGUUAUCUGGCUUUACAGCACAGACACUAACAUAACUGAAAUGUUCUGGUCUUGACUGACAGUUUGACAGAAUGGAAAUGUCUAACUUAACCAAUUCAUUUUUAUACAUUUUUUUUUUUUAAGCAACUGUCUAUUUCUGCUGAAUUUUCACAUGAACAUAGUGCUGGUGAAGGCAAGAUUUAGUUUCCUUACUAGAUCUUACUUUGCUCUCCAAAGCCCUCCUCCUUAGAGGGUCUCCCUUUUUUGGUUUUUACACUUGCUGUUCAUUGACAUGUUCAGAGAACUAACACUAUUUUAUGCGUUUUUUUUUCUUUGUAGAUGGGAAAAAGCAUGUACAGUGUUCUGUUUCAUAAUCUUCGUUAUUGGUUAAUAAAAAUAAAUUAAAAAGGAAGCAAAAAGGAAAUAACACUGAUCCAAUGGACAUUAUCUGCAGAAAAAUGUCAGCAGAAUUAGGGAAUGUGUGAUUUAAUUUUUUUUAAACUAAAGCAUGGUUUAAACUGUCUUUGCAUGGUCGUCGGUUUAAUUUGAUGUCAUGUCUGUCAAGUGGUCUGUUUUUUUAGCCAUAAGCCAGUUUUUUAUUUCUGCACUAAGCAGAGCACUGCUACCUCAGUCAGUAUUUUUUGUUUUCUACAUUCUCAUUUCACUGUUUAUUUACUUUUUCUGUUUACACCAUACUCUGUAAGAGGUAAGCCUAUUCCUGCUUGUGCAGAAUAUAUAUACAUAUAUAUAUAUUGUGCAGGAUAUGUAUGUGUGUAUAUAUAGAUCACAAUUUCAAAAUUCAAACAUGGUUUCCCCUCCCGUAGAUUUUUAAGGUUAUUUAUUUGUGUGAUGUAUUUUAUUCGUUCAACACAUUUCCUUUUUUUUUGGCAUGGGGGGGAGAGAUUGGGCUUUAUUGCCAGUGUUGCCCAUAUCAGGGACUAUACUUCACAACUUAGACAAAAAUAAACCUUUUAAUGGACAGAGAACAUUUGAUGUCUUGGUUUUUAACAACUUCUUUCUCACCGAAGUUUCUUCAGUUUGAGUUUGUUUUUCUUGUGUACAUUUGAGCAUUUGCAUGAUCAAAAAAGGAAACCUGCACUGCAAGGUUAAAGGCUGGAUGAUAUAACCGAUCACACAUAACCAUUGUUUUUAUUAGUUUAUUAUUGCAAGUUAUCCCAGUGACCUGUAUUAACCAGAGAUAGGGACGUAACUUGAGUGUGCAUCUUUUUUUUGUAAAAUCUGUAAAUAACACAUGACCAAAUGAACAUAUUGUAUAGAACUAUUUUUUAUUUAAGUGACACUAACAAUUAUACUGUUACUGAUAGAGCAUGUUUCUGGGUUGAUAUACUCGACCAUCGUUGUCAUUAACCGUCCUUACUGUGGUGUUUUUCUCCAAAUGCCUUCCAACCCGUCAUAAAUUAAAGUGAGUAUCCGUUGCCUUUGAAGCACUCCAUCAUAGCCAGUUCAUGUAGUGAUGCAAGAAAUUACAGUUUGUAUUAUGUCUUAAGAAUAAAUGGUUAAGUUUUCCA